GGGCGGCCCCUGCGGCAGCGGCUCUGCCCGGCUCCGCCGGUGCGGGAUGCUCCGCCGUUCUCCCGCAGCUCAACCGGCCAUGGACGGCGGGGGAACGGCCGGAGCGAUGCCCCUCUAGGCUCGCCGUGGGAGAGGUCUGUUAUUUUUCUUACGAUGGAAAGGCUGGUUGUCUAUCUACUGGUUAUUAGCACAGCUGUGAAGGCCAUGAUGUGUCCCAAAAGAUGCAUGUGUCAAAACCUGUCUCCAUCCUUCACAAUUCUCUGUACGAAGACGGGGCUCCUUUUUGUGCCCCCCAGUAUUGACAGGAGAACAGCAGAACUAAGGUUAAUGGAUAACUUUAUCACUACACUUAGGAGAAAAGAUUUUGCAAACAUGACUAAUCUAAUUCAUUUGACACUAUCAAGGAAUACAAUAAGUCAAAUCAUGCCUUAUGCAUUUUUUGAUCUUAAAGGCCUUCACGCCUUACACUUGGAUAGUAAUAGACUGACUUACAUCAAUGAAGAUCAUUUCAAAGGUUUAAUUAACCUUCGGCAUUUAAUACUUAGUAACAAUCAGUUAAGCUAUAUCUCUCCUGGGUCAUUGGAUGACUUUAUUGAAACAAUUGAAGACCUGGAUCUGUCCUACAACAAUCUCGUUAAUGUUCCUUGGGAAACAAUUGCCAAACUUUCUAAUGUCAAUACGGUCAGUUUGGAUCAUAAUCUCAUUGAGUUUGUGCCAGAGGGGAUCUUCUCAAACCUUCACAAACUUGCCCGCUUAGACAUGACCUCGAACAAGUUGAAAAAGAUCCCUCCUGAUCCUUUGUUUUCCAGAAUACCUGUCUACGCCAAGUCUAAGGGAUCUCCACUGUCCUCCCUGGUGCUUAGCUUUGGUGGGAAUCCUUUGCACUGCAACUGCGAACUCGUGUGGCUGAGACGUCUCACCAGAGAAGAUGACCUAGAAACCUGCGCCUCUCCACCAGAACUGAUGGGCAAAUACUUUUGGUCUAUUAAAGAGGAGGAAUUUGUCUGUGAACCUCCGAUGAUAACACACCGAACCCCAAAACUAACAGUGACAGAGGGCCAAAGCGCCUCUUUGAAGUGCAAAGCUGUUGGCGAUCCAGAUCCCUACGUUCGCUGGAUCUCGCCCGAUGGGAAGCUGGUCUCUAACACCUCUAGGACGAUUUCUUACGAGAAUGGCACUCUGGAUAUUUUGGUUACGUCUUUGACUGACAAAGGCACGUUUACUUGCAUAGCAUCGAAUGCUGCGGGAGAAUCGACAGCUCUGGUCGAACUCCUCAUUACCCCCUACCCUAACCUGGCAAACAGCACCAACUGCGACAAAGAUGCAGAGCCUGGCCCCUCGGAUAUUCUCAUAUCUGCCAAGUCAAGCUUUCCAAACGAAACCAAGGCUCAGCAGGAGAAGGCGGUCAUGGUGGCGGAGCUGACGUCGUCCUCUGCUCUUAUCCAGUGGCCUUCUCAGCAUCACCUCCCCGGGAUUCGAAUGUACCAGAUUCAGUACAACAGCUCUGCUGACGACAUACUAGUGUACAGGAUGAUCCCAGCUGCUAGUAAAUCCUUCUUCUUGACUGAUCUGGUUGCAGGACGUGAGUACGACCUCUGCGUUCUUGCUGUUUAUGAUGAUGGAUUGACAUCUUUGACCGCAACCAGAGUGAUCGGAUGUGUGCAGUUCACAACCCAGGAAGAGUACAAACAGUGCCGAUCCCUUCAUGCCCAGUUUCUUGGAGGAACCAUGAUCAUCAUUAUUGGGGGUAUCAUUGUGGCUUCGGUUCUUGUUUUCAUCUUCAUCCUCCUCAUGAAAUAUAAAGUCUACAACAACCACCACAAAAAUAAAACUACUAAAGUGAAUAACGUCUGCUCUCAAACCAAUGGAAGCCAAAGUGGCUCGAUGGCUCGAUCCACUUCUAAACUUUCGGAGAGGCGGGAAAGUUUGCACCAGGAGUGCUCGGGCUCUUCCAUCAAAGGGAAAACUGUUGUAGAUUUGGAUUGUGAAAAAGUGACUCCAACCAACACAACCUUUUUAACAACUGAUGCGUUAUCUUAGUGGCCAUUUGAUGGAACAGGACACACCAAGGUGGUAUUGCUUGAAACAUUUUAAUGCGAGUGGUUGUAUUUUAAGCUUCACUACUAUUGUCUAUUUUUAAGAUCAGAUGGUUUAAAAAAUAUUUUUUUAAUCUGUAUACAGUUCUUGCAUUCUUAACUAUUUUGUUUCAAUAUAUUAAAUAUAAGUGUGUGAUUUACAAGAUUUUUUUACUGGUUCUUUUAUAGCAUACACCUCUGGUGUCAAGGCAGCAGCAUAGCUAAAUUCUACUAGGUUUGUCUUUGGUGAAAUGCACUACUUUUUCAUUUGGUUACCGACCAGCAGCAAAAUCGUUCUCUCAGGAUCCUUGGACUUCCUUUCUCACGGCAGAGUCACUUUGCAGCUUAAACUACUCAUCUCUUCAAGGAAUGAUUUGUUAUGAAAAUUAACUAGCUUUGCAGUACCAAGUUAUUUUUUGCUCUGGGUGUGUUGUAUACGUGCUGCUCACAAAAGAAGUAAAAUUAGUAGAGGUUCCCCAUUUAAAAAAAAAAAAAGUACUCUUUCAAUUUAAAAGAAAAAAAGAUAAUUGAAAGUACUUUAGCAUAUUCUCCUAAUUAUUCAGUGGCACAGAAAUAUGAACUUGUAUUGUUUGCUUUGUAACAGAAGUUAUCUGUUGAGACUGUGCCUUUGAGAAACCUCCUCUGGUUCUUGGUAGUCAGAUCUGCUUUUGUUUGGGUGGGAAGAAGACCUGAUUUUGUUUUUUCUAAACUGUCAAACUUCACAAACUGGUUGGAAUGAGAUGUGUUUCACUGUGCACAUUUUUGCUAUGCUGAAGACCAUGCCAUGGCCUCACCCUCCAAAAGCAUACUGCUGAAGGUUUGGUUUUUUUUUCCUUUUUUAUUGAUAAAUUGGUUGAUUGAAGACCCACAGAUUAAAGCUUCUGUGUCCUGGGGCACAUUGCACUCUCUCACUGUGACACUGCAUCUUCAGAUGGCUUUUAUAUCAGUCUGAUUCCUGUAAUCCUGCAUGAAGUGUAAUGUAAGUGGCUGAUUGAUAGAUGAAUUAUGUGAAUGUGUCUGGUCAAGUCAUUUUAAUGCAGCAUCUUGGAUAACGAAAUGUUCCUUUUGUUUCAAGGGAUACAAGAUGGGCCCAGAGUUUAGGUUUUGAAAUAACUUUUAUGAAGCCUGCGGGGAGCUGGUGACCUCAACGAAACAGUGUAUACCCUCUGCCAUCCUCCUUGGUUGGGGAUGUUUGAUGUUGUUUUGAUGCCUUUUACUAAACCUCAAGAAAAGGAAUGUGAAAGCAAUUGGCAGGAGAGGCUUGCACGCCGCGUGCCUGGCUCGUGUCUUUUAAGGCGAUUGUGUCACAACCUAGCAAUGAACAGAGAAAAAAAAAAAAAAAAGUAUUUUUCCUAAGAUUGUCCCUUUAAUACACUCAAAAUCCUUUUCCUGUUUGGAUAUGAAAGAGUGGACCAAGGAAAGUUACCUGGCAGACAGCCAAAAGCUGUUUAACUACACAGCAAUUAAGUACUCUAUUUUAAUGUAGUUACUCUCACUAACUGCCAAAGUACGAGGCAUUUUUUUUUUUCGGAUGUGUCUGUGAUGCGCAGAUUUGCUGAGGCCUCCGUUCUGUUUUAAUUCUCAAGCAUAAAUGGAGGAAAAAGUAAUUUGAGGGAUUCCGUUAUUAGGUGUAUUGGUGCCAGUAAGGUAAGACCGUGCAGCUACAAACAUGUUAGUUUUCUUUUAAAAAAAAAAACAAAACAGCAAAAACUGUA